CGCCAGUACUCGACGCUCAGGAGGAGGACGGAGACGAAACUGGGCAACAAGUUCAAGAAGGUCACAUAGUACAUGUUGUAUUCCUAUGUCGGCAACUGGGACCCGUUGUACCGCAUGCCUCCGCGAAACUGGUUUCCGACACAUGCGGCCAAGGACCAGCAACCAAGUCCGGGGUUUCGUAGAGGAGGUCGGUAUCUCAAACCAGUUUCCGGCCUUGGACGAGGCGAAUUGAGGCGUCAGCGCCCUCGUACUGUGUAAACGUCCGUCUUGCUUGUUGCAGCUGUACAAAAAGCACGAGCAAAGGGCUAGCAAGGACCGUCGUAACGACCGGCGAGCGCGCAAGGCAGCUCGGACGCCUCGCCAUGCCAAGGUGUGGAGGACUGCUCCUGAACCACAAACGCACUUGAGGCGUCGAUGGCUCGAUAGGUACUGCACUUCGCCUGAGGCGGCGGAUGCUUUGCUGGGUGCUGUGGAUAUCACCGGAUGCGUUUUGGACAUGUGCGGUGGGCCCACGGACGCCGUCGCGACCUGUCUUCGAUCCGCGUGCGAGAUACUCACGAACGACGCGUCCAGCGGAUACCAACCUUGACGCAAGCUUGGAAUCAUUCCCGGAAGACUUUCUCGCAGCUUACUCCGGGAAAAGGCCUGAGUGGGUGGUGACGAGCCCUCCGUACAGCAGGGCUCUGACUUUUGUCAAGGCCGCCAAAAGGCGUGGCGUUCAAAAUGCCCAUUUCUUUCCUGGAACCUUGCGCCGACCGGGGUGGUUGGCUGCAAACGAACCCCCCGUCUGUGAGUCUGUUUUUUCGCAGAGCAAAAUACACGCGUGCGAACAAUGCGAGGAUGGGCGAAUUCUAGGGUGUGUGGUAUACUCAGGAAGUGAGCUGCCGCAACGAGACGAGGCUUGUUUUCUGUCCUGAAUAGCACGGCUGCAGUUGGGUAGCGAAAUGGUUUAGUUGGGUUGGGACAUAUGCAAGGCGUAACGUCCCCGCAAAACUUAUUUUCAAGAAUAUUGGUUGUGGGAGUAGAUAUAUAUCCUCUUGAAGACAUCUAUUUCGGGGAUGCGACAUGAUUAUGCCCCGAGCGAAGUUGGCAUGUUUUCGGGGCGUGCUCUAAGCAAACAAGCAAACGUAUGGGUGUGGCCGUAUCGCGUGCACGUAAUGAGUUCUGGUGUCAUGUUUUUGUUUUGAUUGCACUAAGGCGUUUUUUGUUGUUGUUGUGUGUGUUGUUUUCGCGGCAAGAAUCCGGGCUUGCUCUCGAGCGUGUGCAUUGCCUGGCUAAAAAACGGAGGUCGAUUUAUUUAUUCCUUGAAGUAAGGGCCAGGACCAGCACGUGGGCCACCAUUCAUGCCGUAAUCUCGACCGUGUGCUCAUGCAAGCCCCCACAAACGUUUCGCUCACCGGCACACGAACAACAUGUCGAAUUCUCAAAUUCACCGUUCGUUAGUCCCAGCACUCACGAGAUUCAACUGUUGUCCUACAUGAUGCCGCCACGCGUUUCCCUCUUUCUGCUCAUACUCUUCAACGUCAUCCUCCAAAAAACUACCUAAAACCACGCCUCCACUCAAACCCGACUCGGCGUCCCUGGUCGAAGAAUCAAACAUACCCGGCAACUAUUCCUCGUCGCUGUCGCUGUCACUAUCUUCAUCCAUGUCCACUAGCCCUCCCUCAGCUGAACGAUCUUCCUGCAUAUCACUUUCUUCAGUCUCUUCCUCGCGGCAUGUAAGCUUGCACUUGCACAACUCUGAGCAUUGGCCAAAACCUUUAGUGAUGCACACGCAGCUUGUGCAUUGACCCCAUCGCUUCCUCUUCCCAGAUGGACACGUGCACCUUACCGUUUCAAAUCCACCCGGCCAAAUAGUAACCUUAGGGAACCUGCGCAUCAACAUCAUACAACCACCUUCAACCUCCGUAUUCUCGAUGUACCCCAUCCCGUCCCAUUUGGGAACUUGAAUGGGGUA